GGCUGACGUCCCGGGUCAUGUGACCGCGCCCCUGGUCGGUUUUCGGCGCUGCGUUGGGUCUUCGCUGCCGAGUGCCGUCGUUGCAGCUUCGUGCGGCGCUCGCCUCCUUCCCGAUCCUCCCUUCUCGCUCGGGGCGCUCUAUCAUGGCGGGCCGAAGUACGGUGGGUCUCCUCUUGGUGGCUGCUCUACUCGGGUUUUUACAAACAUCAUCAACAUUUCAAGUAAAUAAUCCAGAUGGAAAGCUAUGCCUAUCAGCCAACUUCUCCAUGAAGUUCACAGUGGAGUUCAGCACAAAGAGUAAAAAAGAGAUCACAACCUUCACACUUCCACCUGAUGCUCAUGUAGUAAAUACUAGCACCUGUGGCAACAAGCAAGCACCUGAAGAAAUUCUAAUAGUUGGAUUUGGCAAAGGGCAUUCAUUAAACAUGACAUUUGGGAAGAAUGCAUCUCUCUACACGGUCAGUGCUUUGAUGUUCAAAUUCAACUUGAGUGAUUCGUCCCUUUUCCCCAAUUCAUCUGGAGAACUAACAGAAGUAAAAAACGGAAGUGAUAUCCAAGCAGACUUAAAUACAAAAUAUUUGUGCCAUAGCAACAAGUCAGUAACUGCGGGAAGUGUGUCUGUUGUUCUUAGUAAAGCUGCGAUUGAAGCAUACAUUGCAAAUGGCACCAUCAGUAAGAAAGAAACGAUUUGUUCUGAAGACAAAACAUCUACUACAGCUGGCCCCAUAAUCACUACUCACCCACCUUUAACUACCAGUGGUACAACUACCAGUGUACCACCCUCAGCAAAACCAGAAGUUGGACAGUACAGUGUAAAUGAUUCAUCUGGUAUCUGCUUACUUGCUUCUAUGGGUCUGCAACUUAAUCUCACCUACAGUGUACCAAAUAAGACUCUUAUUUCAAAAGUGUUGAAUCUUCCACCAAAUGCAAGUUCUUCUGGGAAGUGUGAUAAUGUCACAGUUACUUUAAACUUGACUUCUGGGAGCACCAGUAUUUUUCUCAGUUUUGCACAGAAUUCAAGUACUGAGAAAUACUUCCUGCAUGGCAUCAUUGUGAGUGCAAAUCUGCCUUCUGAAGCUACAGAAAAAAGUAUUAAAGCUGUCAACAAUAGCCUGAGUGCCCUAAAAGCUACAAUUGGAAAAUCUUACAAGUGUGUUGCAGAAGAGAUCAUUUGGGUUUCAGACAAAGCUUCUCUCAAUAUAUACAGUGUCCAAGUUCAGGCUUUCAAGAUUGCAGGAGACAAAUUUGGAGCAGUGGAAGAAUGUCAGCUGGAUGAAAAUAACAUGUUGAUCCCUAUUGUAGUUGGUGCAGCCCUUGCUGGACUUGUCCUUAUAGUAUUGAUUGCGUAUUUAAUUGGGCGAAAGCGUAGCCAUGCUGGUUAUCAAACAAUUUAAUAAUUUGCACUGAAUUAAACCAGCAUGGAAGAACAGCAGUUGCAAGAAGCAGAAAAUUGAUUCCCCUCCCCAUCUUCUCCUCAGUUAGAUUUAUGAGGGAGCACAAUCUUUCCUUAAAACUGUUUCUUGCAGUGUCUGCUUUACUAAAUGUGAAAUCCAUCUUGUGGCAUUUAACUAUGCACAAAGGAUAACUUUAGUUCUGUUUAAUUUUGCUAAUGGGUUAAGUAUUUGCCCAUCUAGAAACAGGCUGAAAUUUUAUGAAUGCUUUUCUGAAUUGGCAUGGUUUAUAAUGUCAACUACUUAAAUGAGGAUGAUAUAGUUACUUCAUACUCCACUUAAAUUCAGAUUAAUUGUAUUUAACAAAGGGAAAUUUCCACUUUCUGGUACUACCAACCUAUGCUGACCUAAGUUACUGCAUUUACAGUAAUGAUUGACCAGUCAACCUCUGCUAUUCCCACUUUGCCUCUACCUAGGUGUGUAUCAUUAAUCUUUAAAUGCUAAGCUUGGUAUAUGCAAAGUGUGAAAAUAAAAUGUGGCUCUUAAUAUAUUUUUGGUCUGUCAGCUUAGUAGGAGCUGGCCCUUUUUUACAUGAAAAUGGGUGUUCCUUUAUUUUUGGUAAAGUGAAUUUCAGUCUCUUUUCUUGGAAGUUCAAAGGAGAUCCUGUUUCUGCACAUGUGUACAAUAGAUUUCAAUCUGCUAAUUCUUGCUUUGACUCUGGCUGGGACUGUACACUGCAAGGAUCAGUUAUGAAUGCAUUGCCUGUAACAAUGCUAAUAAAGACUUUUCUGUA